UCCUUCCAAAGUGCAUGCGUUUGCAUGUUAAAAUAAUACCAACCACCUCUCUCUCUUUCUCUGCUUUGAAAAUUUUCAACCAAAGCUGUAAAAAGACUUUGAGGCAUCACCACUACCACCCACUACCAUUACUUUUACAGUAAUGGUUUCUUCUUUUGCUGCUCUCUCGUUUUCCACCACCGCCAACUUUACAGCCUCUCUUUGACUAUUCAUUUUUCACACCUUCAAUGUUUUAUUUUUUAAUUUCAAGAGUUUUAUUUUAGAAUCAAUUCACUCAUCUUGUAUAUACUACUGCUGCUGCUACAAUUUUUCUUCCCCAUUUACUCAAAAUCAUCAUGGGUUAUCUAUCCUGUAAUGCUGAGUCUGCAAUCGCAAUCGCUACAUGCGAUUCCUACAACUGGGAUCUUAGAAAGACGAAGAAAUCUAGAAGCAAACCUGUUUUCAAGAUCAAAGAGUUUUUUUACCACGACCUAGUCUCUGCCACAAACGCUUUCUCUGCUGAGAGUUUUCUCGGCAAAGGCAGCCAUGGCAGCGUUUACAAAGCUGUGCUUGAAGACGGAAAACUCAUCGCCGCCGUUAAAAAGACCAUUUUUCACAGCCAGCCGUGUGUCAACUGCACCAGCCCAGCAGAAAACGAGAUUGAAAUUCUUUCAAGAAUACAGAAUCCUAGACUUGUAAAUCUUAUAGGCUUUUGUGUCGAUGCAAAACAAAACAAAUUGCUUGUUGUUGAGUAUAUGCCAAACGGUUCGUUAUAUGAUUUACUUCACUCUUCUUCUUGGCCCCCCAGUUGGACCAGGCGGGUCCGGUUCGCCUUACAGAUAGCCAAAGCAAUCCAAGCGUUGCACUCUUCUAACCCGCCGGUGAUUCACAGAGAUAUAAAGUCCUCCAAUAUUCUGAUCGACGAGAAUCGCAAUGCAAGAUUGAGCGAUUUCGGUUUGGCCUUGAGAGGACACGUGGAGGAUGUUAAAAUAAAGUGUACGCCCCCCGCCGGCACGUUAGGCUACCUCGACCCUGGCUAUCUUGCGCCAGGUGAUCUCAGCACCAAGAGUGACGUCUUCAGUUUCGGUAUUUUAUUAUUAGAAAUUAUUAGCGGUAGACACGCCAUUGAUUUGAAUCACAGUCCGCCGUCCGUGGUGGACUGGGCCGUACCGAUGAUCAAGCAAGGCAACUUCGCCGGGAUAUGUGACAUCAGGGUGGAUCCACUGCCCGACGCGACCGUUAUUGGGAAACUCGCGGUGCUUGCCGCGCGGUGCGUUAGAUCUUCGGUUGCGAAGAGGCCCGAGAUUUCAGAGGUGGUUGAGGCUUUAAAAGAUGUUAGAAAGCGCAUUCAGUCGCCUUGGAUUUGCAAUCGUUUUCAACGGCGCGCUAAGAGCGUGGAGAAAACCCAGCCGGCGGUUGAAGUAAAACAUCAAGUAUUUGAUGAAAGCGAUGAGUUAAUUAAUAGUAUUGGUAGAUUGAGUAGAAUCGGGAGUCGGAGGAACAGGAGGGUAUCCAGUGUUUCGAUUGCAGAGUACGGAAGUAGUGUAGCUACUAGUAGAGGAGGUGAUUGUGUGACUCGAUCGAAAUCUAUUGGUUCAUUUGGGGAGAUCAAACUGGGAUCCGUAUCAGAGCAGUCGCCAUUGGUUAGGAGAAGGCCGCCUGCAGUGGCGGUGAAAAUGCCAGUGGUGCGGCUGAGCAAGUCCAGGUCAAUGGGCGUGUUGCAAAGUCCAAGGGAAGUGCGCUGUAAUAAUAAAGGGUAUAAGUUUGAGUUUGGGAAGAGCCCAAAUUCAAGAGAGCUUGAGGUUUCAAAGCUGAUGAUCAAUUUAGAUGAGAAAUCAGAGCAGAAGAAACCAUUUGUUUCAUUCUAAAAGGAGAAGAUUGUAACUGUAAUUCCACUUUUGAAUCGUGAAUUUUGUUCUUUCAGGAUUUUGGCAUUUUCCUUUUAAGCAAAUCAAUUUAUUUCAGUCGGAGGGCAGGAUUAACUAUAACAUGAGGGGUUGUGAGAUGAUGAAUUCUAAGUUUAAAUUAUAACCCCAAGUGGUAUGCUCUAACUUUCCACUUUCCAGCUCUGCUAUGAAACCAUUGUCUCGUGCAUUUCAAAUGCUCCAAGUUCCAAAGAAACCAGGUGAUGACGCCUUUUCUUGAUCGGAGACAAGUUCAGCGGGAGCAUAUUUGGAUGGAAUCCAUCAGCUCUGCUAUGAAACCAUUCUCUCAUGUGCAUUUCAAAUGCUCCAAGUUCCAAAGAAACCGGGUGAUGACGCCUAUUCUUGAUCGGAGACAAGUUCAGAGGGAGCAUAUUUGGAUGGAAUCCAUCAGCUUGCAACAAAUCAUUUGGGGAUUUGAGUUUUAUCAAUUUCAUUUGUAUUUUUAUGAUGUUAAGUACCUGUUUAUGCAAUAUAAAUUCAAAUUUCAUGGUGAUUA